UUUCACAAACCCACAAUGGAAGCUGGGAACUGGGGUCAAUGCAGGUACAUGAGGCUCUCUCAACCCAGCGCACCUGGCCCCCCAGGUCAGCACGGGAGGGAGGCCGCAGGGUGAGGAGCUGGCGGGCUCACGGGUUGUGCCCCGAGUCCCCAGAUCCAGCAUGAAAUCAGCGUCAGGCCUGCACACGGAGAUUCCCAGUGGCCCCAGGACCCGCCUGUCAGCCGCCACUGGGACUUGGGAGCAGAUACAUCUAUGAUGCUCUGAGAGGACACAGGUGAAGGGUGUGACUGAGCCACCCUCCUUCGUGCUCUGUGCUGCACCCUGUGAUAGCCAGCAGCCUAGACUUACGUCAUCCUGCACGACCGGGAUUACACAGCCACAUAACAGGGGUGGUCAGUGCAGUCCUCGAGUGGAUGGAAAUUGUCACCAAAGCUGUGCGUGUGUGUGAGUGUGAGUGUGAGUGUGUCUGUAGGGGGGAGGGGACAUGCGUGUCCAUAUUCUUGACGUGCAUCGCUUGGUGAGGGUCCAGAACCCUGCCCUCCGCGCCCUCUGCCUGUGUGGGAGGACCCGCAUCCGCUCUGGGUCAUGCUGCCUCCGCAACAGCCUGGGCCACGGGUGGGCAUUUGCCGCGUGUCCGGCACGCUGUCAGAGGAUGGACGUUCUGUUUCUUCUCCUCCUCGGCUGGGGAUGAGAAGCCCGUCUCCUCCUGUCCAAAUGUGCGUCCACGGGCCCCACCCAGCCCAGCUGUUUGUCCAUCACCAGAUCAGGUCCUCACCGUGAGGACGGGAAGUGCUCCCCACAUCCGCCUCCGCCACCGGCCCGGUGACUUGUGGUCACUGAGCCCAGUAGCCGGAGAGAGAGAGUUUUUAAAAGACUCAGAGACAUGUAAUUAAAAUCUCAGUGUUGGGUUUUGAGGACAGCGCUGGGCGGCUCCCACCCCUGCUUUCCGGAAACACAGAUUUGUGGUGUUUGAAAGUGACAAGAGGCUAAAGUAAGACGGUACUAAAUAUACUGUCCUGGGCACUUCCGGGCAGCUGGGGAGAUGUGGGAUUGACUCGCCACCCACAGCCUCCUGCCCAGACAGUCCAGCCUUGCCACCAGGCCGCCCUGGCUCCCCCUCCAGCCUGUGCUUCACCUGCCCCUCCACACAUACCUUCUUCCCCACCCCAAACCACACUGCGCCCCUGCUGCCCAGAGCCCUGAACCCCAGCGGCCAGAGGCACAGCCCACGCUCCUGGGCCAGAAUUCCAGCCCUCCGCAGUCAGGCCACAGCCACUCAGGGCCCGUCCCCCACACUGCUGCUCUGUGGACGCCCCAGCACCCCACACCGGUGCCUCUGGGGUCCCCUCUGCCUAGGAUGCCUUCCCUGCCACCUUCUCCACCCGACAAGACUCUGCCCCAUCCUUCAAGGCCAGUUCAGAUGUCCCCUCCUCCGGGAAGCCUGCUCAGAUCCCACCACACCAUGGGACUGUCCACCUUCCCCAGGCCCUGACCAGGUCUCUCCAGGAGCUGUCACUCCUACUUGCUACUCCUUGUUCCUUUCUGAGUCUCCCUCUGGCACUCCUUCUUCCUUCCCCUUGUCCCCAAACGGGGCCUGCCAUCAUCUCACCCUUUGCUGUGUUUUAUGGCUGUUGUUUCCCCUGCUGGCACAAUCUGUUCCUCAGCCCUAGGCCUUUGCUCAGGCUGGCCCCUUUCUUGUGCAGUGUCCUCCUCUCUCGACAUAUCCGCUCUCACCCCUCAAGGCCCAGCCCGUGUCAGCUGCAAAGGCUCCCCCUCCCCAGGCUUCCAUGCAUGUACAUCGGCAGAUUCUGGACAGCCCCUGGCUCAGAAAUGUACUCAGUUAUGUCUGCACCCUUACGUGGCCCUUUUCUGCCUUGGCUCUGAUGUCCGUCUUCCCAAAGGAGGGACCUGACCUCUACUUCACCCUCGGGUCCCAGCGCCAGCAGGGAAUGGGAAUGGCAGGCCGGGUUUGGGGCUCAGGGGCCAGAAGUGAAGGCUGCUCUCGUUGAGCUGGUGUAUGCUGGGUCCUAUGCAGACGCCUCACCAUGUAGCCCCACUGAGCCUUCUCAGCACCCAGCGGGCGGAGCCUGGGAGCAAGCCCCUUUGCAGAGGAGGGGGCCGUCACCACCCAGGCUGCCUCGGCCCCCAGCUCCCACCCAACUCCGCCCACCCCCAGCCCGAGCCCAGAACACGAGUGACCGCCGGUCCCGCUCUGUCUUGCAGUGGAGCGUGACCGUACCCUGGGCCACCAGGAGCCCCACUGGAAGGAGUUCCGCUUUGACCUGACCCAGAUCCCAGAGGGGGAGAUGGUCACAGCCGCUGAGUUCCGGAUUUACAAGAUGGCCAGCACCCACCUGCUCAACGGGACCCUGCACGUCAGCAUGUUCGAGGUGGUCAGAGAGCAGUCCAACAGGGAGUCUGACUUGUUCUUUUUGGAUCUUCAGACGCUCCGAGCUGGGGACGAGGGCUGGCUGGUGUUGGACGUGACAGCAGCCAGUGACCGCUGGUUGUUGAGCCGGAACAAGGACCUGGGGCUCCGCCUCUAUGUGGAAACGGACGAUGGUGAGGCCCAGGGUUGGGCGGCAGACCUUCUCCCGGGGGCUCCUCUGGCGCUGCUGGCAGCCUAUAGGGCUGCAGCCCCCUCCCUGGGCCCUGGAGGCCUGGCCUUUCUCAGCCCUGCGCCUGGGGUGACAAUCCCUGCCCCGCCGUGGGGGUCAGCGGGGUGCAGGGGCCAGGUUCCCGCAGCAGGGGCCCCCUACCACAGUGCUCUCCCUCCUCUCCUUGUGCGGAACCCACGCUUGAGCUGCUAAGAGAGAGUCUGUGUUUUCCCUCUCCAGGAGCAGCCGUGUAGGGUGGGAGGUCCCCUACUGGGCAGGGCAGGAGGGGAAGCAGUUACACCCUCAGACUUGAUCAGAGAGGCCUGGGCUUGAAUCCCAGCCCUGCAGCGCUCUCACUCGGUGACCUUGCAGGAUACUUACCUGCUAAGCCUCCAUUUCCUCAUCUGUAGAAUGAGGAUCACGCCUUCAUUCGUGCCAUAGGUAUCUGGGGAAGAGCCUCCGUUAUGGCAGGAGGUGGGAUGGAGAAGCCGAAGGUGGGCACAAGAUUGGCGUAUCUGAGCUGCAGGAAGGGGCGGCCGUGGCUGGAGCAGUGGGGGGCCAGGGCAGAUGGGAGAGGAGACUGAGAGCUGGCAGGGCGCAUUCUUUUUUUUCAAGAUUACAUUUAUUUUUUAACGUUUAUUUAUUUUUGAGAGAGAGAGCGUGAGCCAGGGAGGGGCACAGGGGGACAGAGGAUCCAAAGCAGGCUCUGCACUGAUGACAGAGAGCUGAUGUGUGGCUCAGACUUAUGAACUGAGAGAUCAUGACCUGAGCCAGAGUCGGACGCUUAACCAACUGAACCAGCCAGGGCCCCCAAGAUUUUAUUUUUAAGUAAUGUCUGCACCCAACGUGGGGCUCCAACUCACAACCCUGAGGUUAAGCGUCGCAUGCUUUACCAACUGAGCCUGCCAGGCGCUCCGGGCCCUCUGUGGGUAAACCAGGGCCUGGUGUUGGAGCGUGGGGGGUAGCUCCCUGUAUUUCAUAGCAGUGGA